AUGCUUGAUUUGAUCAAUGUCAAGUUGGUGUUCUUGCCAACCUAUAGCCCUGAGCUCAACAUCAUCGAACUGUUGUUCGCGAUGAUGAAGAGAGAGUGCCGAGAUAAGAACAGAACUGCAUCCUUCCUCGACACAAUCAAAAACGCGUUCAACAAGUAUUCUAGCGAUCCUACUACAAUACUCAACUGGUGUCACAAGUGCUACAAUAGA